AGUGCGGCCAGACAAGUCACUCCCUUGGCGAUCGUCGAGGCGGAAGCAUCUCCAGGGACGCGAGAAGUCAAGAUGCGGUGCGAGGUACUCCUGCUGGUGGUGGUGGCGGUGGUGGGGGGAGCCUCCGCCUGUAAGUUCUACUGUAAGAACCCCGCCAAUGGCGACUACAUUUGCUGUGAUGACGGGAAUCCCUUCACAGUGGUUGAAUCUGAAGAGGAACAAGAACCUGAAGUGUAUCCCCCAUACGAGUAUCCACCUUCAGGAACAGGGUGUGUCUACUACUGCGCCUAUGAGGGUUCUACCUACUGCUGCGCCGACACCUCUGCACCAGUUCCCGAGAGCCACGAGGCGCAUGAGGGCAGGUGUCCCGAGGAGGGCGAGCAGGUGUGCAAGUCUCAGGGAAUCUUCCUGUACACAAAGAAAGCCAAGACGGGCAGGACCUCUGGGUCACUUCUCCUGGCUGAUGGUGACGGCAAACAGCAAGUGUCCUGCGCCUCGGACGGCUACUGUGCCAGGGACGAGAAGUGCUGCCCGAGCAAGUGUGCACGGAGACACAUCUGCCUGAAGAGUCUGUCGAAGGAGGAAGAUGAUGACAAGUAGAGACAAGUGGAAGGCUACGUGGAGAAGGCAAAGGAGAGGAAAAGAGAGUAAGAUGCCUAAAUCAACGCUGGUUUACAUCCCGCCUUGAAUGAAAUGAAGAAGGAAGAAUUAUUUUUCUUAAGUGUUUCCUGGCGUAAGGCUAGAAAGGGAAGGAGCUGCUCUGGCCGCCCCUGUUAAGAGUUUCCUGCGGUACAAGUGAUGGUCGUGUCUUCCUGGCGUAUCCGCGCCGCUUAGGAAGGAAAACAAUCAACAAAAACGUAGAAAAGAACAUCGUAAGGCGUCCCAGCUCUUCGCUUCGUUUGUGGCGCGAGGCUUCGUUUCCGUUCGUUCAGUGUCUCGAAGCAUAAUUUACACUCGCAUGUAACACUGUUCCUCUGUAAGCCUUUCAUCCACUAAUGCCCAGAUCCCUGUGCACUAGUCCUUAGUCACUGUUAUUUGUUAAGUAUCAGUUAUUUUUUUCUCUGUUAGAUAGGUGUUGUUUUUAUACUGUGCACUUUGUUCCAUCCACUUGAAACAUUUAAUAUAUGCAACAUGAUCACCGCGAGGCUGUUUGAAGCACCCCGAGUUUGCUGUCCGGCUGAGUGUGCGGCACAAAGUGUGAUUAUUAAUUAAAACCAUUACAUUA